UGGUGCAUAUCGUUUCAUAACACCUAUUACGAACGGCAACAUGAUCUACAAAAAAGUACAAAAAAUACAGUCAUAUUGCCUGUUAAUUUAAAAUUUAGAAAAAUGUCUCUUAUCUUCAAUUACAAUGAUUAUUUGACAAAACAAAGAAGCUUGAAAACAAAAUUGAAAAUGACAAAAUUUAUCCGAGACAAAGAGAAGAGACGCUUAACGUUUUCCACAAAAAAGUCGAGAUUAUUAAGUAGAGCUUAUAAACUGUCUAAAAUGACAGGAACACAAGUACUUGUAGUGAUUCAAAGUGAAACUGGAGAUGUUUACACGUACACAACGAAAAAGCUUCGCCCGGUUAUAUCGAGUGAAGAAGGAAAGGAACUACUCAGAACAUGUUUGGGAAAUUCUGAUCCAACUUCAGAACUAGCGGAACAUGAACAUAGUGAAGAAGACGAUUCAGCGUCUUCUGUUUCCUCAAAGUCAACCGCAAACACCGCUGGAGAGAAUCCUGAAAAUAUAGAUCCUGAUGGUGAUGAAGGAGAAAAUUCACCAAAACCAAGCCUGUGGUCUCGUUUCAAAUCACUGUGGAUUUAA